GGAAAUUUUAUUACAUCACUCUGCUGAGAGAUCCUGUGUCCCGUUACCUCAGUGAAUGGAGGCAUGUGCAACGAGGAGCUACCUGGAAAACAUCCUUGCACAUGUGUGAUGGCCGGACCCCAACCCCUGAAGAGCUACCAUCAUGCUAUGAAGGCACAGACUGGUCAGGCUGUACCCUUCAGGAGUUCAUGGACUGCCCAUAUAACUUAGCCAACAACCGUCAAGUGAGGAUGUUGGCUGAUUUGAGUUUGGUGGGCUGCUAUAAUAUGUCCUUUAUACCAGAAAACAAGCGAGCACAGAUACUGCUGGAGAGUGCCAAGAAGAAUCUCAAAGACAUGGCCUUUUUUGGCUUAACAGAGUUCCAGAGAAAAACACAAUACUUAUUUGAGAGAACUUUCAAUCUGAAAUUCAUCAGGCCGUUCAUGCAGUACAACAGCACAAGGGCAGGUGGAGUGGAGGUGGACAACAAUACCAUACGAAGGAUUGAGGAGCUUAAUGACUUGGACAUGCAGCUGUACGACUAUGCAAAGGACCUCUUCCAACAGCGAUACCAGUACAAGAGGCAGCUGGAGAGGAUGGAGCAGAGGAUAAAGAAUCGGGAAGAGAGGCUUCUUCACCGGUCUAACGAGGCGCUUCCCAAGGAAGAGAUGGAAGAGCAAGGACGCUUGCCUACAGAGGACUACAUGAGCCAUAUUAUAGAGAAGUGGUAACCUUGACAGAAUUUUUUUUACUGAGAACAGGAUAUUAAGGUUUCCAUAAUAAAAGAAACAUGGAAUUAAAAAAAUCUUAUUUAAGAACAGUCUGUAAAACAGAAGGUAGAAUGCUUCUUUAAACAAAGGGUCUUUUUACUAUUUCUUAUAAGACCAAUGGGGUUCUUAAUAAAAUAAAAUAAAACAAAAAAAUUAAA